AUCCCACCCCUUUAAAGCUCAAGGGCUGCUGUCACAUCAGGAGCUGCUGCACAGACUUUCCUAACGUGUGAUGACCGCGCAAAGUAAAGAGGCAACUUUUCUGUAGCUCAUAACGAGCCGCGGCACCCAUCCAUUUCUGUAUUAUUUGAUAUUGAUUGAUUUAUCGGCGCGAUGCUCGGGCUGGCCGGCCUCCCCGCCGCUCUGCUCCUCUCGCUGCUGUCCUGCUGCCCUCCUGCUCGGGGAUAUUUUGCGGAGGAGCGCUGGAGCCCCGAGUCUCCUCUCCUCGCUCCACGGAUCCUCGUCGCCCUCAUUUGCAGAAACUCCGAGCACUCUUUGCCGUAUUUCCUGGGUACCAUCGAGCGCCUCAACUAUCCCAAAGAUCGCAUGGCUCUCUGGGUAGCAACUGAUCAUAAUGAGGACAAUACGACAGACGUUCUGCGUGACUGGCUUGUGAAGGUGCAGAACCUUUACCAUUACGUGGAGUGGCGGCCAAAAGAAGAACCCAGACGCUACGCAGAUGAGGAUGGGACAAAGCACUGGACAGAUCUCCGUUAUGAGCAUGUUAUGAAGCUACGGCAAGUCGCACUGGAGUCCGCUCGUGAAAUGUGGGCAGACUACUUUAUGUUGGUAGACUGCGAUAACCUCCUCACCAAUCCCGAUGUUCUCUGGAAGCUCAUGAAGGAGAAUAAGACCAUUAUUGCUCCAAUGCUUGAAUCCCGUGCAGCCUAUUCAAACUUCUGGUGUGGAAUGACCUCCCAGGGAUACUAUAAGCGGACUCCUGCCUACAUACCCAUUAGAAAGCAGGUGCGGAAGGGCUGUUUUGCUGUUCCUAUGGUCCACUCCACGUUCCUGAUAGACCUCAGGAAAGAGGCAUCUAGGCAGCUGGCCUUUCACCCUCCACACCCAGAAUACAGCUGGGCUUUUGAUGACAUCAUUGUGUUUGCAUUCUCUGCUCGUAUGGCAGAUGUUCAGAUGUUUGUGUGUAACAAGGAGACCUAUGGUUACUUCCCUGUGCCAUUACGCUCACACAGUACUUUGCAAGAUGAAACCGACAGCUUCUUGCACUCCCUGUUGGAAGUUAACGUGCGAAAUGCCCCAGUGAUGCCUUCCAAACACUUACGUGUUCCGAGAAAAAAACCUGACAAACUGGGCUUUGAUGAGGUGUUCAUGAUAAACCUCCAGAGGCGGACUGACCGCAGAGACCGUAUGCUGCGGACUUUGUACGAGCAGGAGAUUGCUUGUAAAGUCACUGCAGCUGUAGAUGGAAAAGCAAUGAACAUUAGUGAGAUUCAUACAAUGGGCAUCCAUAUGCUCCCUGGCUACAGUGACCCUUACCAUGGUCGACCGCUGACAAAGGGAGAGCUGGGAUGCUUUCUUUCUCACUACAACAUCUGGAAAGAGAUUGUGGAGCGACGCCUGCACACCUCUCUGGUGAUUGAGGACGAUCUGCGCUUUGAGAUUUUCUUCAAACGUCGUUUGACGAACUUGAUGAAUGAGGUGGAGAAAGAAGGACUGGAUUGGGAUCUCAUUUACAUUGGUCGGAAGAGAAUGCAAGUGGACCACCCAGAGAAAGCAGUGCCAAAUGUACAUAACUUAGUGGAAGCAGACUAUUCAUAUUGGACACUAGGCUAUAUGAUGUCAUUACAGGGUGCUGAGAAGCUUUUGAAAGCAGAACCGCUGAAGAGGAUUUUGCCAGUGGAUGAGUUUCUUCCUAUCAUGUACAAUAAACAUCCUGUGUCUGAUUAUAUGGAUCAGUUUGAAACAAGGGACCUGAAGGCAUUUUCUGCAGAGCCUCUACUUGUGUAUCCGACGCACUAUACAGGUGAUGCGGGCUACAUCAGUGACACUGAGACCUCCACUGUGUGGGACAAUGACAAGGUCCGCACAGACUGGGACAGAGCCCGCUCAGGAAAAACUCGAGAGCAGGCUGAGAUCAGCAGCGAAGCUCAGAACUCAGAUGUGCUCCAGUCCCCCCUGGACAGCACAGCACGGGACGAGCUAUGAGAAGAACUGAGUCAGAGCCACGGAAAAAAACGUAAAGGUGCAUGGGACAAACACGUCAGUUUUUAGAAACAUGUUUGAUCCUCGAUUGUUUUGAUUCGCAUCACAGCAGGGAUGUGACAUCAAAGUUUAUAAAAAGGUUUAAUUUAUCAGAUGUGACGAGUUGAAAAGGGAUCAUGUGUGUCUUAUGUUUUCUUGUCAGAUUGUAGUUUUUACUUAACAAAGGCACUAGACUUGCCACUUGGGAUGGCAUUUGCGGUACCCAAAUUCUGUCUGUCAUACAGAAAUGAACAUAUGCAUUAGCAGAGAAUGAAAUUGGUGUUACAUUUCAGUACACUGUGAAAUACUUUUAAUCUUUUCUCACCACUUCAUAGACUAAAUGGGGUACAACUACACUCUUUAUCACUGAGCAAAGUCAAAACAUUGUGUCGUUCUUUUCUUUUAAUUUUCAUAUUGCUGUGUUUUGAGUAAUCAUAAGCCAGAAAUGUAGAUGCUUGUAACAAAACUUUACCGAGCAACAAAGCACACAUGCAACAGUUGGUGCUAACUCAGAAUUGUAGAUUUGCAGUAGUGCUGAUGAACACUUUCUAAUGGUGCAGUUUCUUCCCUUGUUGCUACUUUUUGAUUGUCUUCAGACUAAUGCCACAGAAUAGCUGUUGACAUUGUUUUAAGUGAGACAAAGCACUGUACACACCACACACUCUCCAGGUUAAGAAUAUGGUUAUAUGUUCCCUUUAGGUUCCCUCAGAAAGAACCCAACUUAACACAUCCAAACCCACUUUGACCUUUGUUUUCAGUCAGAAUUUGAGCGGUUUGGGUGACACCGGCUUCAUGAAAGGUUUCAUACACAAGACAAGGCGUGAAGUCUGGAUCAUUGUGCUUUUCACAGCUUAUUUAUAUUGUCAUGGUUUCCCUGCAGCAUGGCCAGAUUUGUGAAGAAGUUGGUUUCUGUUGAGUACUGAUAAGAGCCAUUCACCCACUGAUUAUGCACAGAAAUGUUAGCGAUGCAUUGUGCCAAUGAAAAAUAAAAUGUUUUAUUUUUAAAAGGUU